UUUUUUGGGAUUCUAUCUAUUUCUUUUUAUUUCUUUCCUUUUAUUUUUUAUCAAUGAAUGAUAAUAAAGUGGAUGGAUUACCACCUAUUCAAUUACCACCUACUAUUGUUCAUUAUUACAUUGCCAGUGCGCCACUACCAGAGGCGACAGUGAAGAAAUCCAACAAAGAAGGUGCGGCAGUGGCUCGUAGAUCAUCACAUAGUGCAGUUGAAAAAAGAAGAAGAGAGAGAAUGAAUGAUAAAAUAGAACGACUUAAGGAUUUGUUACCCGCUUGUAACCCGUAUUAUUCAACAUCGGUGCAACAACCUAUACACAAAUUAAGCGUUUUACAAGCAUCGAUUGACUAUAUCGGACAGUUGCACCAUCAAUUAGAAAUGAGGCUACCUGAAGACAGUCCUUUACUAAAGGAUAUUUCGGCCAUACGAGACAGGCUCAAAAAGAAUCAAGAAGUCUUUGAAAAAUAAACAUUAUCUAAUAAAAAGACCAUUUCAUAUCUUGACUGUCUUUA